UAAAGAUGCCAACUUGGAUUCUUGCCGUACAAGCACUAUCUGAUGUUAGUAUAGUAUGCACAUCUUCCACCGAGCGGGAACUGAGAUUUCAUGAAACUAUUGCUUCGACAUUUACUCUUCGCAUGGUAAUCCGUAGUUUACCCCAUGCCGUUUAUUGCAUGAGUUAUGCUUUUUACAAUAAUGGCAAAGUUCAUUCGAAGCUAAUAUUAGGAGACUAUGCUGGUAAUGUAAGGAUUCUCUCUUACUCCCCACAUUUGCGGGGGCCUUUUCAGGCAAAGCCCGGAGCAGCCUUGAUUGAAGUAGUUUGGUCUGAUGUUCUGAAAGGAAAAAUUCCACAAUUCGUCCCUAAGGAGUAUAUAAGCUUGCAUAAUGAAAUGAUUUCAUGUGUAUAUUUUUCUUUGCAUAUGAACGCACUGUUUGCUUCUGCAGAAUAUAGAAACACAAAGAAGUAUAGAGGACGUUGCCCAGGUAUGAUUAUGGUUACGUAUGAUGAGCGCAGUAAUUUUCGAAUUCCACUUGGUGUUUCUACAUUUUUUGUAGCAGAAAGCCAUAAUAUUGUUGUCACUGGAGGGCCAGAUACCUUUGUUAGAAUUUGGGACGUAUACAUUCCAACUGAACCGUCUGCAAUUCUAACAGGUCAUAAUGGAGGAAUAGUUUUAGUCUUUGUCCAGCCUGAAGAAAACAAAGUUUACAGUGUCGACUAUCAAAAGAUAAUAAAAGUAUGGGACCUUCAAGAGCAUACAUUACUUCAAACUUACGGUGAUUUAGUUCGACUCAUUCAUCACAGUGAAACAGACCUUACAUACUACUAUCAUUCUCAUCUUCGUGAGCUGGUUGUAGCUGGUCGUAAGCUUAUUUCUAUUAAGUGUUGUCCCCGCGUUCGCGUAGACCUUACCGAUGGCAAUACUCAUGCCGCACCGGUUUCCGUUGUUUUAUACAAUCGCUUGUUUCGAAAUAUAGUUACUUGUGGAUUAGAUAGUUAUAUUAUAGUAUGGGAUCCUUGGACAGGUCGACGAAAAAUAAUUAUGAAAAGUUGCCACACCAAAAUGAUUUAUGGUGAAAUUAUAGAUAUUGAGAUUACUGCUGCUUGUUUCGAUCCACUUGAACAGUUUUUGCUUACCGGUGCACGCGAUGGUUCUUUGAAGAUUUGGAACUACAAUAACGCCGUAGUGGUUCGCAACAUGAGUAUAAUGCCGGACCAAGAAGUUACUUCAGUUAUCUGGGUCGUGGACAGGUAA